UCAGGGUGGCGGCCGCUGGAGUCGGGCCCGGGGCCUUUGGGGUGAUGGAUUCUUCAGAAAUUUCGCCCUCUGAUCGCAAAGAAGAGCAGCCGGCGGCGCCCCUGCCGCUGCCGGCGGCCUUUCUCGAGUUCCUCGGCGAGAAUGGCCUGGAUCCCAUGCUGUACUCCAUGGCCGACACCAUCCCGCGCUACAUCAGGUUAAAACCAGGCACGGAGUCCAGGAUGGUGACAGAGGUCGAAACCGAGCUCAAGUGCGAUCUCGCAAAGGUUUCGUGGCUGCCGGAUUUCUACGCGAUUCCGCCUGAAAUCCAGAUUGCUGGAUCCAAGGCUUAUCAGCAAGGGAAGAUCUAUGGAAUUGAUGCAGCUUCGGGAGCUGCUAUCUUGGCACUUGAUGUUCAACCAGGAGACCAUGUUCUUGACCUCUGUGCCGCCCCAGGUGCAAAGCUUUGCAUGCUUGCAGAUAUGCUUGGCAGCACAGGUUCUUUGACUGGUGUUGAUGUUGCAAAGCACCGUCUUGCAGCCUGCCGUACGAUGUUGCAGAAGUAUUCUCUUGGAGACCGUAGUCGACUCUUCGUUGCCGAUGGGACUUCAUUUUCCAUAUUGCCUGUAAACUCAAAUCUGGGGAGCAUGGAUGGUUAUAUUGGAACCGAGGACAGUAGAAGCAUAUUCUCACAAUGGACUUCAAAGAGAUCAUGGAAAGAGAGACAGAAGUCUAAAAAGGCAAAAGCAGCUGGUUCACCUCAUCCACCAUCAACUUCCGAGCCUGAACUGAUAUACUAUGGCAAAGAUUCAGGAGUAGUUGGAUUGCAAAAACAUCAUGUUCUUCGUCAAUCAACUGAUGAUGCUGCCUGUACAUCUGGUUAUGACAAGGUCCUAGUGGAUGCAGAGUGUACUCAUGAUGGAUCGAUAAAACACAUUCAGAAGUUUGAGUUCUGGGGAUGGAAAACAUUAGAUCGCCGUGUACUUGAGGCAGAAAGAACUGGCAACCUGCUCCAUCUUCAGUUAGGGCUUCUUAGAAAUGGUUUUAAAUUAUUGAAAACAGGUGGAUCACUUGUCUAUAGUACUUGCAGCUUGACUGUUGCACAAAACGAGAAUGUGGUUCAGCAAUUCCUUUCACAAUGUUCUUCAGCAGAGCUGUUAAAGAUCGAUUCAGCAGAUAGCUGGCCCUGUAGAAGCGGCAGCAUCGAGAAAACCUUGCGAUUUGAUCCUGCGACUUCGCAAACUAGCGGACUUUUUGUCUCCAAGUUUGUUAAGUUGCCAUCUUAGAGUACAGUCUGAUGUUCUUCAUGAGAUGCUCAAGUCUCAUAAGCAAGAAAUUAUUGAGGCAUCCGAUGAUGAUUGAAUCAUAGAAUCAGUUAAUACCAACGUGAAGCCAGGUUGUUGUGAGUAGAUGUUGCUAGGUUUUCGUUCUUUUAACAACAAUUGAGCAGAGUGGAGAUGUCUAGCUUGAGAAACGGACUCAGGAUUUUCUCCAUGUGGAGCUCCUUGAUAAUGUUUUGGACAUGCAGAAAAUUGUCGUGCAUACAAGGCUUCUUGAUGAAGCCAUUUUGGCUUUUGGAGCCAAUGUUGUCCAGCCACAAUGCAAGUCUGUUUGCCAUCA